AUGCCGGCACUGUCGUCAAUCGUUAUCGACGCCCCUCCCCAAGAUGUCUGGAAUGUCCUCGUUGACUUGCAGAGCUGGCCGGACUGGAACACCUGGUUUUUGUCCAUGCGUGCCCACUCAACCCCCCUCGAACUUGGUACGCUCGUCACUUUUACAAAUCGCAUGUCUGAUACCGCGAAACCGGGGGUUUACACAACACGCAUCACCACUUGGAAGCCCGAAGCAACCGAGUUUGCGUGGAAGGGUGGCCCAAUGCCCCAAUGGCUGGGAUGGAUUGUGAGGGGCUACCAUUGGUUCAGACUUGUGGCGCAAGACGAUGGGAGGACGACUCUUUUCGAUCACGGUGAAGACGUGGAGGGCUUACUGAGUGUGUUGGUCCCCGACAGUAUGGUGCAAGAUUUGGUCAAGCAGUUGGAAAAGUUCAAUAGCGAAUUGAAGAGACGGGUUGAAGAAGGACCAAAAGCCACCGCGACUUGA